AUGAAUACAUUAUUUGCAGAUUAUCCAUUUACAAGACGAUUAGUUGGUAAAACACUUGAUGUUGCUAGAAAAUCAUCACUUAAGGUUGGAAUGUAUAUUCAAUUCGAUAGAUUUAUUGGGAAGAUAUCUCAAUUAGGGGAUAAUGUUGUUUGUUGUGAUGAAAUUUUUACGCUUGGAGAGUUGUGUUAUGUAUCAUUAAUGUACAAACUAUUCAUUCACUCAGUUGCCACUUCAGUAAUUCCUCUUUCAAAGAUUAAUAGUGUGUGCAGUGUAAUCAGAUUUCCAGGUCUUAUUGCUCUCAAUCAAUUUUCAUUCUGUAUGAAUUAUUACCAAUAA